AUGCGCGCGCGAAACUCAUGGAGCCCAUAUGGAAAAACGCCGUAUGUCUGCAAAGACCAAAGUUACCUUGCACCGUGAACGGCUCCCUUCUGAUUUCAAUCAGCAUCGAUUGAAAUUGUUAUUAUUUUUGCCAGCCCCUUCACAACUGGACUACACAGCCAAAAAAGCCAGCAAUUUCAAGCGAUGCGGAAUCCGAAGGGAGCCAUUUAA